GACCUCAGGACAGGAAGGACCUGAAUCUGUAGUUCAAGGUGUGAAAGAUCCACUGGCUCUUCAUACACGAGGAUGCCACUUCAGUCCUUUUUUUUCAGCAUUUAGGAAGCCCAGGAUGAGGAGAUCUGGGUAAAUAUUACAGAGGAAUGGUGAGUUUUGCAUGUGUCAAGGCAAUACUGAGGGGAGCACAUCCUGACAGUCUCCUGGCAACCUUUUCCUGCGGGGCUGAAUGACAGCAGAAGCCGCCGGGUAAAUCCAUGAGGCUGUGAGGAGGUGAGAGCAGGACACACCAUGGGUCAGAAGGUCACAGGUGGGAUCAAGACCGUGGACAUGAGGGACCCCGUGUACAGACCACUGAAACAGGAGCUGCAGGGGCUGGACUACAGCAAACCCACGCGGCUGGACCUGCUGCUGGACAUGCCGCCCGUGUCCUACGAGGUGCAGCUGCUGCACUCGUGGAACAACGACGACCGCUCGCUCAACGUGUUCGUCAAGGAGGACGACAAGCUCAUCUUCCACCGGCACCCGGUGGCGCAGAGCACCGACGCCAUCCGCGGCAAGGUGGGCUACACGCGGGGGCUGCACGUCUGGCAGAUCACCUGGGCCAUGCGCCAGCGCGGCACCCACGCCGUGGUCGGGGUGGCCACGGCCGAGGCGCCCCUGCACUCCGUGGGCUACACCACCCUGGUGGGCAACAACCACGAGUCCUGGGGCUGGGACCUGGGGCGCAACAGACUCUACCACGACGGCAAGAACCAGCCCAGCAAAACCUACCCCGCCUUCCUGGAGCCGGACGAGACGUUCAUCGUGCCGGACUCCUUCCUGGUGGUGCUGGACAUGGACGAUGGCACCCUGAGCUUCAUCGUGGACGGGCAGUACAUGGGGGUUGCCUUUCGAGGACUCAAAGGGAAAAAGCUCUACCCGGUGGUGAGCGCGGUGUGGGGCCACUGUGAAAUUCGGAUGUGCUACUUGAACGGACUGGACCCUGAACCCCUGCCCCUGAUGGAUCUGUGCCGGCGCGCGGUGCGGCUGGCGCUGGGCAAGGACAGGCUGGCCCAGAUCCCCACGCUGCCCCUGCCAGCCUCCCUCAAGAGUUACCUGCUCUACCAGUGACCCUGCUGCUCAGGACACGGCCAGGCAAGGAUGGAGCUGCCCUGGGCUCGCCCUCCUGGAAUCCCCACUGCUGGAGCUGCUGGCCAGAGGAUUCCUGCUCCUGCUUCAGCCCAGGGCCACCCUGGUGUCACAGGGCUCUGGGGCCACCCUGGUGUCACAGGGCUCUGGGGCCACCCUGGUGUCACAGGGCUCUGGGGCAGUCCUGGUGUCAGCCCAGGGCAAUCCUGGUGUCAGCCCAGGGCAGUCCUGGUGUCACAGGGCUCUGGGGCCACCCUGGUGUCAGCCCAGGGCCACCCUGGUGUCAGCCAGGGCCACCCUGGUGUCACAGGGCUCUGGGGCCAUCCUGGUGUCACAGGGCAGUCCUGGUGUCACAGGGCUCUGGGGCCAUCCUGGUGUCACAGCCCUGUGUCACAGCCCUGUGCCACUCCCUGGAGGUCCCUGCCCCAGCACAU